CCCUCCCCACCCACCUCACGAGGUGUUGGCCAAUCGCCCCGUCGGGCAUAAAGUGGCUGCCAGCCCGCAGGACACCCAGCCGAGCCCUGUCACCCCAGAGCGGCACGGGCCGCAUCGCCAGCACCCAGCAUGCGGGCACAGCUUCCACAGAGAACACUGCUCAGUCUGGCCCUCAGUCUCCUGUUCCUGAGCGUGGCCCGGACCACACGCCGCUGCCCCAGCUCUUUCCCACAGCUCCUCAGCCAGCUGCAGAGUCAGGCGAACAUCACGGGGGACACGGGAUCACUCUUGGAGCCCUAUAUCCGCCUCCAAAACCUGAACACGCCUACCCUGAGAGCUGCCUGCGCAGAGUUCCCUGUGACCUUCCCGAGUGAGGACACCCUACGCGCACUGAGCAAGCCUCGCUUCCUGAGCACUGUCCAGGCCACACUGGGCAGAGUGUUGCAGCAGCUGAGUGCUUUAGCACAGAGAUUUCCGAAGACUCGGGCUUUUCCAGAGCUGGAGAAGACCAGGGGGAACGUCCAAGGCAUCAGGAACAACGUCUUCUGCAUCGCCCAGCUGCUCAACCACUCCCUAGAGACACCUAAGCCCACACAGGCGAGCUCUGGGGCCUCGCUGUCCACGGCCACAACGCCAAGCAUUUUCCAGACCAAGCUAGACAGCUGCCGCUUCCUGUGGGGCUACCACGGUUUCAUGGGCUCAGUGGGGAAGGUCUUCCAGGAGUGGAGAGACGGCUCCAACCGCAGCCGGAGACACAGCCCUAGACGCGGCCUGCUCCCGGCCUGGCGCAAGGGAGCCAGCAGAAUCAGACCCUCCAGGAGCAGCCAGAGCCCCAUGUCCAGGGUCCAGGCGCCCCGGUAGCCUGAGGACACACUGACGGACACGGCAUAGUCUGUGGAUGCGGGAUGUCGCCUCUCAGAGGCUUUCAGAGAUGCUCCUGCGUUCAGAGCUGUGCAGAACGGCACUUUAGGGCGUGGCGGUGGGAGGCCCCUCCCACCACGCCCGGACCGCGGGGCUCAUCAGCUUGUGGUGCCCCACUCCAAGCCUCCAGUCCCAGUGGGGCGGCCGGGUCAGGCCACGUGGGACUGGCUUUCCAUUGAUUCAGGGGUCUGAUGACACAAGCUGACUCACAGCUGGGCUGAGCCCCCUGGGCUGCUGUUGGUCCUUUCCUCUCAUGACUUGAAGCUGUUGCUCCCAGACUUCCUCCUUUCGCUGUGGCUGGGUUCUAAAGGGAAGGUCAGGUCCAGGGCUCUCUCCCAUGCCUCAUCCCACUCAGACCAGAUACCUGGACAUCUGGGAGGCCUCAUGUUUGGCAGCUGCACCAGGGGCAGGUGUGCCAAAAGGAGCACUGAUCUAGUAGUUCAAGGGAAGAGAGCUCAGGCCUUUCUUGUUCUCUAAGUGUGACUGUGGGCAGGACAGUUGACAUAUUUGAACGUCAGCGUUCUCUGUGGAAAGCUGUCUUGUGUGUGUGUGUGUGUGUGUGUGUGUGUGUGUGUGUGUGUGUUUGGGUCCUGUCAGCUGCGGGACUCUGUGACAUGGGGUGAACAUCAAAGUCUCUGUAAAUGGGGACAAACGGUGCAAUUGGUCAUGGGGUGGGUUUAUGGAGAUCUCCCAAUGCCCGUAAGCCCCAUUCUGGCUGCUUGUUGCUCCCUCUGGUGGUGUGUUGUGGAAUUUUCACAUGCUGAACCCGUCCUCCUGGAAGAGGACUCGAAAGCUGAUGAGCAAUUACUUGGAGGGACAUGACUAAUUUAUUGAUUUUUUUAUCAGUCUUUAAUCCGUUUUAUAUUUAUAUGGCUUAUUUAUAAUGUAUAUUUAAUAUUAAUAUUUUGCUAACAUAUUUAAAACUU